GUCACAGUCCGACCGCUCAUGUACCGGUCAAUAGCAGCUGAAGAGUUGUAUACAAGGAACGUGAAUGCUGAAGAAACGACAUCUUUGGUGCGGGCGAGCCGACGAAGUCUGCAGUCAGCAUGCGACAGAGCGCGAAAACGCUGACGCGUUUUGUUGCUAGGUUGUUAUUUCGCUUUAUUCUUCUGUUUCUAGCGCUUGAUGAUGCUCCAGUAUCGCACAGCAAGUUUCCCGCUCGUGUUCGUGCUUGUUGAACUCGUGGGCUGUUGCAGCGCGAUUGAGCUAUUGGCAGGUACUGAACCAGGAAUAGCGGUUGUGCGCAGUGGAGUCCAGCUGGCAGCGGCCUUUGCAGAUGCCUCAGUGCACACGGCGCUCGUGGACGUGGAGGGCGUGCGCCUGACGGACAGUGAUUUCAGUGCACAUGAGCUGCCGAUACCGGUCACUCGGAACUUUACAAUUGAGGGAAAGUGGCAGCUGCCAUUGGGGCGAUGGCCCUACAUGGACUGGGCGUACCUGCGCGGGAAGGUCCGGCUGGCCCCGGGUGUGACGUUGACACUGGACCGGCUGAUGACCCGCCGUACCCGCAGUGACCCGUCAUUCAGGGCACCCGGCUUUGACGUCGUGACAGAUGACAGCGGGCGAGACCCAAACGACCCUUCCGCCUUUGCUUUAAUCGUUGUGAAAAGAUGCGCAAACCUUCAAGAGGUCUGCCUGCCACCGUCGCUUGUGGCGGCAUCGGUGUCGACCAUUCCCCGCCCGCCGCAGCUGCCGCCGGGCAACCAGAUUUCCUACUCCAACACCACCAUUGUGCCGCUGCACCCCAACUGCUCCGGCAGUAGCAGCCCGGACCUGCCGUUCGAGCAGCAGUGCAUCAGCUCCUCGGGCGGCGUGUACCUAGACUUCGGGCUUUUCUGCUACACCCUAGACGCGUUCGGUAAUCAGGUUAAAACCGGUUACGUGUCGCAGGUGGUUGACUGCGACAACUUGUGUUACCAAUACAUGACUCUGGAGUGCACGAAGCAAUACGGGAUCGCGGGGUGCUUCAACCUCCUCAAAACCCAGCAGGAGCAGCAGGAUUAUCAGAACACCACGAACGGCAGUGGUAGCGUAGACGGCGGCGGUGGCGGCGCGGUGGCCGCGCCGCCGCCACCACGGCCCGUGGCGGGAGCGGCCCUGCCUCCACCGCUUGCUCCCACUCCAGGGCCAGGGGCCAUGAGGGAGGUCACUGCCGGCGGCGGCCCCCCGGCUAGCGGCGCAGGAGGCCGCGGCGGCAACACGGCAGCCGUGAUCGGCGCAGUGGUGGGCGGAGUUGCAGGAGGUCUCCUGCUAGCCACCGGCAUUACGGCGGCCGUUGUGCGGGUGCGCCGCCGCCGCCAUGCCGCGGCUGCGAGCGGCGGCUUGCCCACACGUGGUGACAGCGGCAGCGAGGGAGGCAGCAGCUGCUGGGACAAGAUAGGCUCCUGGGCAGCUUGGGGCAUGCCGCAAGGAGCAGAACGCGCCGGCGGCCACGGUGCUGCAUAUGGUCUGCAAGAGCCUAUAGACAGUAGCCACGCUGGUGCUGCUGACCCCAAAGCAAAGGCAGCGGCGGCACCAGCUGCGCGGCCUUUGGAUACUGGCGUGUUUUGGUCACUCGUGCCGGUGACGCCACUCACACCCUUCCAGCCGCACAUCCCCCUCAACGUCACCCCCCUGCCCGCGCCAACCACCGGCGGCGGGAACCUGCUCAAGUCAACCGUGGGCAGCAGCAACACGGACAAGCAAGGUCCAGUGGCGAGGGGUGGCGGCGCGUCAGUAGUGCUGCCGGCGGUGCCUGAGGACCUCCAUGUGCUGUUGACGGAAGUGUUGAUUGGCAAGGGGGCGUUUAGCAAGGUGGUGGAGGGGCACUACUGCGGCAGGCGGGUGGCUGUGAAGCAAAUUGACACGGGGCUGCUGUUGCAGCACCAGCAGCAGCACCAGCCGCCGUCAUGUGCAGCGGCAGCACUGGACCGCGAAAGCGGUGAAGGCGAUGUCCCGCCACCGCCGUCCAGUGCCCACCAGCAGCAAGAUGUGCAGCAGCAGCAACAGCAGCCCCCUGCGGGGCCGGAGAGCCCAUCACCAGCAGCAGCACCACCACCAGCCACACAGGCGGCGGCAGCAGCCACGGUGGCGGCUGGUGGGGCGGCCACGGCGGCUGCAGCAGGCGUCCCCGCAGCAGCAGCAGCUGGGAGCCAGCAGCUGCCGCUGGCGUACACACAGGCAUUGACUGUAUAUGUCAGCAGUGCCGGAGCGUUUCCAGUGACUGCUAGCGAUGCCAGUAACAGCAGCAACAGCGCGAGCCCGCAGCAAAAGCAAGGCCAACAGCAGCCUCAGGUGCCGCCAGCAGUGGCGAUUGGGCAUGCUCAAUCCAGCAGCAGCCAAAACCGCAAGUUCCAGGAUUCAUUGAUUGCAAUCUUGGAGCAAGAGGUUCAGGUGUUGGCCAGGGUGCAGCAUCCCAACAUUGUGACACUGCUUGCGGCGAACCUCGUGCCUCCACACGUGUGCCUGGUGAUGGAGCGGAUGGACACGUCACUGGACCGACUGCUGUACAAGGACCCGAACCGGCCGCUGCCGCUGUCGCUGGCUGUGCACAUCGCUCUUCAGGUGGCACGUGCACUGGAGUACCUGCAUCCCACCAUCAUCCACAGAGACCUGAAGCCCGGAAAUGUGCUCAUCUCAAACGCGGACGCGAGUGAUGAGACCCAAGUGGUGGCCAAACUUGCAGACUUCGGACUGUCAAGGCUGCAGAACACAACGCUUAUCACUCAGGAGCCGGGCGUCGGGACGGGCCCCUACAUGGCUCCGGAGUGCUUCGACAUAAACAACAUCGCCAUCACCGACCGUGCGGACUGCUACUCGUUUGGCGUGCUGCUAUGGGAGCUGGUCACGCGGAGCCAGCCCUGGGCCGGGCUGACGGUGGUGGCCAUGGCUGUGCGUGUGGUGGUGAACGGCGAGCGCCUGCCCAUGUCGCCGCUUGCGCUGGCGGGCGCUCCAGCCAAGCUUCAGAAGCUGGUCACGCAGUGUUUCGAAGCCGACCCGCGGCGCCGGCCGGCGGCUGCGGAGAUUGUCAAGGUGCUGAUGCUGGUGCAGCAGCAGCUCGCAGCAGGCGUAUAUGACUCGCUGUAGGGUGUGUAGGGGUGGAAUGGGCGAGGUGUCGUGGGCGGGUGCAGGGGAGAAAAGAUAGAUGGCAUAUGACGGGCGGGCGGCGGGGCGGGCUAGGUAGAAUGCAUCAUCAGGGGUGCUUGCAUCAUAGGCAACUAUGUCCACAUGCAUUCGUACGGUACGUGCCCCAACUCGUGUCUUACUCUUUUACGUGCCUGGCGGACAACAAGUCGUGUUAGCUCGUAAAAGCCUCGUAUCUCGUAAUUUGUUUAAGGCUUGAUUCGGUGACCACGCACGUGUGGCGGAUGGUAGGUGGUUCGUCAAGUGACGAGAUACUUUUUUCGGGGACGCCCGCGUGUCUCACAAUGCACGAUCCCUAUGAGGGCAGCGAACAAAGCUGUUGAGGAAGCGGGACACGGCAUGCUGUGUUGGCGUUGAGGGAGUGGAAUACAGUAUGUUUCAUUGCAUUUCAUGUAGAUAGUACGGGUUCAAAGUGUACGGCAAGCCACAGGACAUAAGGUUUGGUGCGCUGUUGCGUUUCCUGCGCUUGCUUACGUGCACCCCUGUC